AUGAUCGGGAUUGGCCGGAGAAUAAGCUUACAGGUACUCGGAACACUUACCUCGCGCGCCGUCCAGCAACAUCAGUUAGUCUCCCGGGACUUGCGAAAUCAGUUCGCGCGUACGAUGUCAGAAGCUUCCUCGGCAAGCCGCACGAUUGGACCGAUCGAAACGACCAUGCGCGAAAAGUUGAACGCUCGAUUGAACCCGGUAGUUCUGGAUAUCGUCAAUGACUCGCAUUUACACCGACACCAUGCAGCUAUGCAGCACAUCGGCGGUGGGUCGGGAGAAACACAUUUUUCGGUCCAGGUUGUAUCUUCUCUUUUUGUCGGAAAACCAACCAUUGCUCGCCAUCGACUCGUCUAUCAAAUCCUCGACGCCGAGCUGACAAAAAAUACCCAAGGAAUUCAUGCCCUCAGUCUCAAAACUCUCACACCUGAAGAACAUGAAAAAGUGACUUCCGCCUGA